AUGGGGCAGCUGCAGGCGCUGCCGGUGGGCUCCCCGAACGCGCCGCGGGAGCAGCUGGCGGCGCUGGCGGCGCGGCUCCGCGCCACGCCAGCCGAGGACGCAGGCGCCGUGUGCGAGAUCCUGGAGGCGCUCUCCGCCGUGCCCGCGACGGUGGCGCUGCUGAGGGCGACGCAGCUGGGCCUGCUCACCCAGCCCCUGAAGGACCACGCCGACAGGCAGGUCCGGUCCGCGGCCAGGAGGCUCCGCCGCGGCUGGAAAGACAUCGUCAGCGAGGCGAGGGAGAAGUCCGCGGGGGGGUCCAAGGCCAGCACGGCCAGCACCUCCAGGCGCCAGGCGUUGGGGUCGCCCAGGCGGGGCGCGACCGGCGGCGCCUGCGGCGACAGCGCGUCUGCAGUGGACGCGCUGUCCCCCGUCUCCCGUGCGGGAGCGGCAUGGUCCCGCAUCCGCACGCCGUCGCCGGAGGCCUGCGCGCCAGCGCCGCACGCGCCGCCGGCGUGGCGGCUGGGUGCGCUGGCCGAGAUGCCGCCGCAGUGGGCUCCGCAGUUUGCGGCGGAGCCCGCCACGCUGCCACGGCCGGCGGCGCCGCUCCUGGCCACUGCAGUGCCGCUUGGCGGGGCGCCCGCCAGGGAAGCGAGGCCCGCCAUGACGAGGCCAGAGUGCGCGCCGCCAGAUGGCAGCAGCGUGCCGAAGAGCUGCAGAGCCGCCCUGUCUGGCGCAGCAGUGCCGAGCCAGCACGUCACAGUGCGGGUGCGCGCACCGCCCGGGCUCAGCCGCGGCUGGCGCACGCCGGACCCGUCGCCGACGCGGAUUGGUGCAGCGAUGCCGAGCCAGCUCGUCAGCGUGCGGGUUCGCGCCCCGCCCGGGCUGAGCCGCGGCUGGCGCACCCCAGAUCCGUCGCCGACGCCGACGUCGCCGACACCGACGCGGACGUCCAACGGCCUGCUAAACUGCGCUACGUCCGCCUGGAAGGUGAUGGACCUGCCCGACGGCCUCGACGACCGCGCGCGCGGCAGCCCGUCUGCCCUCGGUCAGCGUGAACGCGCAGCGGACACCGCCUGCGCCAGCACUGCCCCGCGGGACCGGGGCCGCGCUGCCGUGUGCCUCCAGCUCGAGCCGCGCAUCGACGACCGCGUGCUGGUGGAGGCCAGCACCCCCAGGGGCCACGACCACCAGGACGCCCGCAGGGCGCCCGUGCGGGGCGCGGCCAGCGGCGCCUGCGGCGACAGCGCGUCCGCCGCGCACGCGCUGUCCUCUGUGGCCAUGGCCGGGGCGUCCCCUGUCGCGGCAUGGACCCGCAUCCGCACGCCGUCGCCGGAGGGCCGCCUGUCGUCAGCGCCCCACGCGCCGCCAGCAUGGCAGUGGGGCGCGCUGGCCGAGAAGCCGCCACAGUGGAUGCCGUUCCGGCAGCCCGCGGCGGAGCCCGCGCCGCCGCCGCCGCCGCCGCCGCCGCCCGCGCCCGUGGGCACCGCAGCGCCGCCCGGCCAGGGCCCCGUUAGGAAGGCCAACUUCGCCGCGGCGAGGCAGGAGACCGCGCCGCCGGACGGCGUGGGCGUCCCGAGGAGCAGCAGGGCGGUGCUGAGCGUCGGCUCCGUGGGCCACCCCUACGCGUGCCAGGCGCCCUGCAAGUACGUGCGCAAGGCGCGCGGGUGCAAGGACGGAGCGGCCUGCGACCGCUGCCACGCCUGUUUUCCAGCCGCUGCGAGGCAGGCUGGGCGGCGACCACCAUGAAGCCAUGUCUGCCCCCCCCCCCUGGCGACCGCGUUGCGUCGUGGAGCCAGCAGGUAUCGGCCAUCGGUCCGCCUGUGGGGAGGGCAGGGGGCCCAGACAUGCUCGAAUCGUGAAGAGAUCACCCAUAGCAUGGAGAGGGUGUAGGGGAAGGGCGGCUGCCGAAUCAGCCCGCCAGUCUGGAAGGCUAGGGUGUGUGCUUCCUGGGACAGGUGCGACGCGCACCCGCACCAGGAGCCGACCUUCCACCCCACGGCCCAACGCCGCACUUCCCUGGGCACGCUGGCAUUGGCUCUCGACCUUCCUGCCCCCCCUUGCGCUCGUCGCACCAGGCCAACCGUGUUUUCCGCGUUGGCACGGGCGCCGCAGUCGGCGCGGGUCGUCGGGGCCCACCGAGAGAGGCCUGCAGCAUUCUCUGGCUGCCCGGCGCCAAGCCACCCCUUCCCUUCUCUCCCCUCCUCUCCUCCCCUCCCUCGCGGGCCAGGCACGUGCAGAUUUGCACGGCGGGCGCGCGCAGCCCUCUAUAGUAGAGUGCCCGCGACGGCUCCGGCGCCAUCCGCCUGGGGCCCCGGACUACAGCCGGGCAGUUUCACCGUUGUCGACGGAGUUCUCUCGGAUUCGACCUGCAGGUCAUCUUGUGCCCGUCGGUGUGCCUCCCUCUGCUCUCCAUCCUCUUCCUCCCCCUCCCCAUCGAUCAUCACCCUUUGCAGCCAUGUGCGCGAGGGGUACGCUCCAUGUGGGCGCUGUUGAUGGGAAGCUUCUGCGGCGGAACCGCGCCUUCUCGACCCCCUGCAGAGGAAGGACAGAGGAGGGCCGGUUCGGCCCGACUUGGCACGUGGCGUCGCCCUCUGAAGACCCACGCCGACACGCAUGACAGAAGACACCCGACGCUGAACAUUUAGGCUCGUGCCGUUGGCGAUGUGCUUGUCGUGGCCGGCUGGCGAGCGGAUUGAGGCUUUUGGCUGGCGAGUCUUUUGAAUUAUCGUGCUUAGGCCGGCCGCACGACUACGUGUGGUACGUUUUCAAGAGUGGUCCCUCUUUUCUUUUAGGCUCCGGCAAGUUUACCUGCACGGAUGGGGGGCGGGCUGAACCUGAAGCAAGCCGCAAACGACGUGCACGUGCAGAAAUCACUCAAGGCGCGAGGCACUAAGGCACUUGCACGCUAGCAUUCGGUGGAAGAGGGGCGUGCGUCCACGAAUCCUGCAGCUUGGCAUCGCUCGGACGUG